UCUUGUCGGCAGCUAAUUUUAGCCAGCCAGCUAGCUUGCUAAGCCAUAAGUGCAGCAUCUCUGAUCUAUGUCUAUAGCCAAUUUGUCAACAUAUUGGCGCGUUUGUUUAGUAAAAGCUGGAAGGUGUUUUUGAAAAUUAAAGACGCAUAGAGAAGAUGAUUAAAAAUUCCCUCAUCGCUCAGUUGUAGACAGUCAGCUAAUAUGACAAGCAAUGAUACGAGUUAUCGUCAGCAGAUGCGCAAAUCAUAGAAUUGAUACCCAGCCUAUAAGGUUAGCUGUAUCUUGAUGUUGACUGCUGACUAGACUCACUCAGUGGAUGAUAAACAUCUCUCAUUCGAAAGGAUUGUCGAUCCGAGUAAAAACAAAAACAAUUGCCAUUGAUUUAGUGUUUUGAGGAUAGCUGCAUUUUGACACUUCUGUUGCUGAUCGUGCAUUUGUGUGGGCUAAUCUCAAUCCAUAUGCAAAUAGCAUUAGCGACACGUUUGUAUUGGGUGCAACAAUAACCGCAACGCACUGACAGUAGACAGCCUGUGUCACUGAUGCCAGGUGCAGCGCGGGUCUGGGCGUGCUCAGUGCACUCGUGAACGUCAGGAUGAGUGGGGCCGGUGAACAGACAGACAUCCUGUCAGUGACAGACCUGGUCAGGGACCGAUGGAGAGUGGUGAAGAAGAUAGGCGGAGGGGGCUUCGGGGAAAUCUAUGAGGUCCUGGAUCAGCUGAAUCAGGUCAAUGUGGCACUUAAGGUGGAGUCGGCCCAGCAGCCCAAACAGGUCCUCAAGAUGGAGGUGGCGGUGCUCAAGAGGCUGCAGGGUAAAGACCACGUGUGCCGCUUUGUUGGUUGUGGCCGCAAUGACCGCUUCAAUUAUGUUGUGAUGGAGCUACAGGGGAGGAACCUCGCAGACCUCCGUCGGACGAUGCGGAACGGGACGUUCUCGGUGUCCACCACGCUCCGACUUGGUCGGCAGAUUCUGGCAGCCAUCGAGAGCAUCCACUCUGUCGGCUUCCUGCAUCGGGACAUCAAACCGUCCAACUUUGCCAUGGGUCGCCUAUCAAGCACAUGCAGGACGUGUUACAUGCUUGACUUCGGCCUGGCGAGGCAGUUCACCAACUCCUCCCAGGAAGUCCGACCGCCUCGUCCAGUAGCAGGUUUCAGGGGGACAGUGCGUUAUGCAUCCAUCAACGCCCACAAAAACAAGGAGAUGGGUCGUCAUGACGACCUCUGGUCCCUCUUCUACAUGCUGGUGGAAUUCAUGGUGGGUCAGCUGCCCUGGAGGAAGGUCAAGGACAAAGAGCAGGUGGGGAACAUGAAGGAGACCUACGACCACAAGCUCAUGCUCAAGCACCUGCCCUCGGAGUUCAGCAGCUUCCUGGACCACAUCUCCACCCUCGACUACUACACAAAACCGGACUACCAGAUGCUCAUGUCCGUGUUCGACAACAGCAUGAAGAGUUUUAACGUAAUGGAGAAUGACCCCUAUGAUUGGGAGCGCAGCGACUCAGAUGGCCUGUUGAGCAUCCAGACAUUGGCCACCACUGCCCAGCAACUGACCCGUCUCACUCCUGCAUACAUGGGGAUGGCCAACGCGUCGGCGGUGCCCGGAGACCUGCAGCGGGAAAACACGGAGGACGUGCUCCAGGGCGAGAGGCUGAGCGACGCGGACAACUGCCCGCCGAUGCCAUCCCAGCAUGCCCUGGGGGCUGACGUGUGGGAGGAGAUGGAGCGCAACCGAGACCGCAACCGCAACCACGUCCAGCAGCAGCAGCAGCAGCAGCAGCAGCAACAGCAACAGCAGCAGCCGCUCAUCAGGAAGGUGAGGGAGGUGAGGCCAGCUGCCCUGCGGAGAGUGAAGGUGGCCAGUGAAGAGGAGCGCAGUCAGAACCAAGGCAACCAGAGCCCCAACAGCGGGUCCAUUCAGGGCUCUCCCCGUCGGGUGCGGUCCGAAACGGUGCUGCUGGACCGGGUGGCCCCGCUGCUCCGUCGCAUGAGGCACAGCCAGAGCAUGGGCCUGGACAAGCGGCUCACCCCCGAACCCAAACCCACCAUCGAGCGCUUCCUGGAGGCUUAUCUGGGCAAACAGCGUCCCGGCCUUUCCCAGGAUCGAGAGCGCGGCUCCAGCCUGGGCAGUCUCCGAGGCAGCGGCAGUGGCGGCGGCUGCGACGAGGACCUCCUGCAGCUAGGGGGCGCCGGCUCCCCCAAGCAGGGCUCCCAGGGCUCCCUGGAGCAGGAGGAGGCGGCCAGUAGCGGGGGCUACGUGGCCGUCACUCUGAGCCCCGUGCCCCAGGAAGGGGACUCCCAGGAGUGGGUGAUGGUGGAGCUGGAGGGGGGCAGCGGGAGCGGGGGCUCGGCUGGCUCCAAGCCCGAGGAUGAGGAGCGAUCCGGGGGAGGGAGCGGUGGUGGCGGCGGGUGCACGCUGGGGCCUGAGAUUAUCCCCCGUACCUGGUCGGACCCACUGCCUCAGCGCAGUGUCGGUGGCUCCAGUGAGCUGGGGGGCGUCCUGUGCCACACCGCUCCUCCCUUCGGACGCUUGCCGGGCCUGACGGGGAUGACGGGCAUGCCGGGGUUGUGUGGCGGCCUCACAGGCCUCAGGCGGCUGCCCACUAUCCCGUCUGCUGCCGUCAUGCGCAUCGGCCGCACUCAACAAGAGCCGUUUGGUGAGCAGGAGAAAUCUGAACAGGAUGGUAGACAGGAGGAUCAGCCAGGCAGCACCAUGGACCAGCACGAGCGGGAGCUCGGCCCAGAUGACCCACCUAGCCCCGCGGUGCCACCCCUGGACUCUCCGCACGACCGGGACCCCAUCGACGGAGACACCCCCAAACCCACUUCCAAGAUGGAGAUAGAGGGGGGCGAGAGCGACUCGGGGUUCCCUGACCAGGGUGACACGACGGCUGGCGGCGUGGAGGGCACCCACCCGUCGGGAGCCACCCCCCCGCCACCCCGUCCGAGACGAGACUCCUCGCCGCGGGCCAGCCGCAUCCCCGUGCGUGACCCCGACUCGCCCACGCGGCGGCCCCUGUCGCCCGCGCUCUCCCCGGCCCUCUCGCCCUCCUGCGAACACUUCCCCUCAGCGCUACUGCGAGACCGGCUGGCCCUGGGGGGCUCGGUAGGUGGGAAUGGGGGAGGCUGGCAGGCCGAGGACCCCGCCUCGCUGUCGUCCCUGUCAUCAGGGAGGAGCCGCAUCCCACGGCCCCUGAGCCCUACGCUGGCCCCGAAUGAUGUGCAAGCCGCCAGUCGUUUCCUCCCACGUCCGCCACCGGGCAAACCUCCCCUCCGCCCUGCCGGAGAUAACCGGCGUCGGCGUUACCGCAUCCGUGCCAGUAGCACUAGCGACGCUGAUCUCCUGGACAACCUCACACAGCUGAUGCAGGAGCGCGGCGGGCCCACCCCUCACUACAGAAGCCCCUCCUCCUCAUCCCUGCAGCGCUCCCUAAGCUCCUCCCCCUCACGGCACGAGUCGCACGACGCCGCUGGCGGUGGCGGCGGAGUCUUCCUGGGACGCAGCCAAUCGCCUUCCAGCUUCUCGGGGUCCCCGCCACCUCUUCGCGCGGCGGAGCUAAGGGCCUAUCGGGCAUCGGGGUACUGCCCCAAAGUCCGGCUGGGUAGCCAUGAAGGCAAAGUCACUACCAAGCUAAGCAGAUGAACACCUGUCCAGAUCCAGGAUGGGGUGGACUUGGGGUUGUACAGUAUAGUGGGUAGGACAUAAUUAAGGUCAUACCAUGGCCUAAUUCUAACUAUGGGGUGUCUGGAAGAAUUCUGGGAGUUGUAGUUUGAACCUGAGCUGAGCUUCCCGACACACUAGUGACCCGAGACUGAACGAAAUGCUUGAAAGAGCCUUGUUACUGACGAUGUCAACUAUGACGAUGGCACUGAUGAUAAUUAUGAUGACGCCAUGGGAAAAUGGUCCCUUGCCUUUUCAACUUCCUGUCUGCCAUACCUCUGAGAUAUCUUGUGCACCAUUUUGUUUUGUUUUCUAUUUAUUCCUUGAUUUCUGUCACUCCAACGUCAUUCCUUCAUACACUUUUACUGAAGUUUCUUUUAUGGCUUGCCCUAGAAGGGUCCUUCCACUUCAAGUCUUUUUGCCAAAAACAUAGAAUUAACAUCAUUCUAUGGAUUGUCAGCUCUAUGGCCAAAUCACAGCCUUUUCUUGUCAUGUUUCACUUUUUUUAUAACUUUAUUUUUUACUUCACUAUUGUCUCAUAUGUCAUUUGUUACAGUCCAAAAAUUAUUUAUUUUUCUUAUGAAGAGUUAUUUUCUAUUUUCAUUGCCUUUAUCGGUCAGUGGAUAUCAACUGAUCAGAUGGCCAUAUGGUUAAAUAUCUGUAUAGCCCUAUGUGGUUCAAUCAAGCAUGUGUAUAUAUAUGUAAUUAAUGGAAUGUAUGUAAUGUAAACAGUAUCAAUAGAAUGUAUUUAUUUAUUAUGGACAUGUGUAUUACGGUACUUGACAGCUAAGCUCGGAAAUGAUGACAAUGUCUUCUUGCAUUGGCAGCCACAUGUUGCAAGCGGUCAUUUGUCUUGGUGCAGUGUCCUCUCCUCCAUGCCUGCAGUCUGCCUCUACCAGUGAACUAUACUCCAGGUAAAGAAAAACCAAAACAAAUAUGAGGAUAAAAGAAGAGAUCUGCCACACUGUCAAUUUUUAAAAACAUAUUUCCUUGUCCUAUUAAGAACACUAGCUACAUGUAGUCAAUCAGUUAUCUUUCACCGCAGUAGAGGUUAAAGCCAACAUAUAUAUAUGUAUAUUUCAAUCUGCAUUGUUUUAGCAGUGCACUGUGACACUAUUGGCAAAAUGCAGUUUAUGAUAUUGGGCUUUUUAAAUAAAAUAAAUUCCCAUAAACUGAUUUAGUCAUACAAGCUUUAGAAAGCUGAUAGUCUGUUAGCAUUUCAUCCUGAGAUUCAGAUCACUAAGGUUUAGUAGCUCCACUCUCACUGAUUUUGAUUUAGUCAUUGAAAAAGUGAGAGAAGCUGUUUUUUGGUCUAUGAAGUUAUAAAUACUGUACAUUUUGUCAAUAGGCCACAUGCUCGGUCCACUGUAACCAAACCACUCAUGCUUACUGUAUCUUACAAGGUACUUAAAAAGGACAAGACAUCUGGUCUGAUAGACCUAGUCUUAAUAACUGUACAGAAUCUAUGUAAACUGCCAGUCAUUGUGGCAUCAUCAGAUAUACCUGUUAGUGUAGUGUGACAUUUUUCCUUGAGUUGCCGGCAGCAUUUCUUGUUUGUUUUAUUUUUUAUCACGCAAAGAAACAUCUGAUUUGUUGGAAUGUAAAUGUGAAAAUGGGAAGAAACGUGCAUGACUAAGGUUGUACAUAAGUCACUGUGGUCAUUUGCUUUUUUUAUUCAUAUUUAUACAACAUCGUACUGUAUAUUGUCUGUACAAAUCAAUCUGUUUAUUUUUUAAAAUAAACUGCUCAUGAACAGAA